GUGCGAGCCCACACGGCCAAGCUGAGGUCCUUCUGACCCAGCCAUGGCGACCCAUUGCCUCCCACCUUCGUCACUCGCCGCAUCCACCGCCAUUCGGGCCAUCGCAGCCCCGACCUGCGCUACCCACCGCCCACUGCCCUGCCACCGCCGCCGCCGCCCCCUGGCCCUCGGCCGCCGCGCGUCGGCGAUGGACGCUCUCCGCGUGACGGGGGACGCCGAGCCGCUUCUCCGCCCCGCCGCCGGGGGACACCCCAGGCUCCGCGUGCGGACCCAUGCGCAGGGCGAGGGCGAUGCCGGGCGUGGCGCCGCGGCGGGGGACGCGGCGUUCUCGUGGGCACCCGUCAUCCUCCCGUUCUUGUUCCCUGCAUUGGGCGGACUCCUUUUCGGCUAUGACAUUGGCGCAACCUCUGGAGCAACAAUCUCUGUGCAAUCUGCUGAUCUCAGUGGCACCACUUGGUUCAACCUGUCAUCUGUGCAACUAGGGCUUGUGGCAAGUGGUUCACUUUAUGGUGCUCUUGGUGGCUCUAUUCUCGCAUAUCGUGUUGCAGAUUUUCUAGGAAGGAGAAUAGAAUUGGUCACCGCAGCUGCAUUGUAUAUUCUUGGUGCUUUGGUCACUGGAUUUGCCCCUAAUUUUGUAGCUCUAAUCAUAGGUCGUAUCCUUUAUGGGAUUGGUAUUGGAUUGGCAAUGCAUGGUGCGCCACUUUACAUUGCAGAGACUUCUCCUUCACAAAUACGUGGAACAUUGAUAUCUUUGAAGGAGCUGUUUAUUGUGUUAGGAAUACUGUUCGGAUACCUUAUAGGAAGUCUUGAAAUUGACAACGUAGGAGGAUGGCGGUACAUGUUUAGUUUUGGCGCUCCACUUGCAGCUGUUAUGGCUAUCGGUAUGUGGAGUUUACCACCUUCACCAAGAUGGCUACUUCUCAGGGCAGUUCAAGGAAAGGGAUCUAUGGAGGAUAAUAAAAAGAAAGCGAUUCAAGCCCUUAGAACAUUGAGGGGCCGCUCAGCAAGUGAGAAGGUUUUAGCAGAUGAUGUUGAGGAUACCAUUGUGUCUAUUAAGGCAGCCUAUGCCGGACAGGAAGGUGAAGGAAAUAUUUGGGAGGUAUUUGAGGGAGCUAGCUUAAAGGCCUUCAGCAUUGGAGGAGGGCUGGUUCUAUUUCAGCAGAUAACAGGUCAGCCAAGUGUUCUAUAUUAUGCAGCUUCGAUACUUCAGACUGCUGGGUUCUCAGCUGCAUCAGAUGCUGCCAGAGUGGCAAUUUAUAUUGGGUUGUUCAAGUUGCUAAUGACAGGUGUUGCGGUAUUGAAAGUUGAUGAUCUUGGAAGGCGCCCAUUAUUGAUAGGAGGUGUUGGUGGAAUCGCUCUGUCACUCUUCUUACUCGCAGCUUACUACAAGAUUCUGAACAACUUUCCAUUUGUUGCUGUUGGCGCUUUACUUCUUUAUGUUGGUGCUUACCAGGUCUCAUUUGGUCCAAUUAGUUGGCUAAUGGUGUCUGAGAUAUUUCCCCUCCGAACAAGAGGACGUGGGAUCAGCCUCGCUGUACUAACAAAUUUCGGCUCGAAUGCGUUGGUGACAUUUGCAUUUUCACCCUUGCAGGAAUUCCUUGGGCCAGAGAAUAUAUUUUUCCUGUUUGGGGCCAUAGCAGUGCUAGCCCUCGUAUUUGUGAUCCUCAAUGUACCCGAGACAAAAGGACUGAGCUUGGAGGAGAUCGAGUCUAAGAUCCUGAAGUAAAAUAGCGUGGUCAGGGCUCUACAGCCCCAGUUGUCACCCAGAAAGUUUACAACAUGGAUGCUCACUCGUAGGAUCAGAGUGCGUCAAAGUUUCAGACUUUGAGUACAUAAGCAGGACACGUCUCGGGUGUAAAUUGUGCUUGCUGCAUGUAUAGCUGUUGCUACUUCCCUGCCAUGGAUGCAUCUGCAACUAGACUAGACUUUGUUCAGCAUCUGGAGUGUCACUGAACCAGACAUCACAAUCAAGGAGCUCAUGAAACAGACCACCGCAUUUAACAAUACCUGCUUAUUUAGCAUUUGAUUAAGCUCGUCCACGGGACAGCGAUAUACUCUAAUGUAUUUGUUUCCCGAUGAAGUGAUGACGCAUCUGGCCCAGAUUGCGUCCUGGUGGGGGU